AGAAGAAGCAGUCGGCUCAUACCUGCAGCGUGUCUAUUGUUUUCUUGUGACACCAAAGUUAUAAAUGACAAUUUAUAAAAAGCGAAAUUGACUGACGAAGAAGAGGAGAGCCCGCUGCACGUUGUGCAAACAUGAAGCUCAACAUCGAGGGUCUGCUGGUGUAUUUCCCAUAUGACUACAUAUACCCGGAGCAGUACUCCUACAUGCUCGAACUGAAGAGGACCCUGGAUGCCAAGGGUCAUGGAGUCCUGGAGAUGCCAUCUGGAACAGGGAAGACUAUCUCUCUGCUGUCUCUCAUUGUUGCCUACCAAAAGGCCUUUCCUUUGGAAGUGACCAAGCUAAUAUACUGCUCGAGAACAGUUCCCGAGAUCGAGAAGGUCGUGGAGGAGCUGCGGAAGCUGAUGGAGUUUUAUUCCAAGCAAACUGGAGAGAGCAACAACUUCCUGGCUCUCGCCCUCUCCUCCAGAAAAAACCUCUGCAUCCACCCUGAGGUGAGCGCUCUGCGCUUCGGUAAGGAGGUUGAUGGGAAGUGCCACACACUGACGGCCUCGUACAUCCGUGCACAACGCCAAAACGACCCCGACCUUCCUGUGUGUCGUUUUUAUGAGGACUUCGAUGCAGUCGGCCGACAGGUGCCUCUCCCUGCUGGGGUCUACAACCUGGACGACCUGAAGGACUUCGGCAGGAAGAAAGGCUGGUGUCCUUAUUAUCUGGCACGCUACUCACUCAUGCAUGCCAACAUCGUGGUGUACAGUUACCACUACCUGCUGGACCCCAAGAUCGCUGACCUGGUGUCCAAAGAGCUGAGCAAGAAGUCUGUGGUGGUGUUUGACGAGGCUCAUAAUAUCGACAAUGUGUGCAUCGACUCCAUGAGUGUGAACAUCACCAGACGAACACUGGACCGCUGCCAGACCAACGUGGAAACUCUUCAGAACACCAUACAAACGAUAAAGGAGACGGAUGCUGCCAAACUGAAGAUGGAGUACAGACGAUUGGUGGAGGGGCUGAAGGAAGCCAAUGUUGCCAGGGAAACAGACGUCUACCUCGCAAAUCCUGUGUUGCCAGAUGAAAUUCUUCAAGAGGCCGUCCCUGGUACCAUUCGCACAGCGGAGCAUUUUGUUGGUUUCUUGAAACGUUUCCUGGAGUAUCUGAAAUCCCGUCUGAGAGUCCAUCAUGUUGUACAGGAGAGCACUCCGCAGUUCCUCAAAGACAUCUUCGAUAAAGUCUGCAUCGACCGAAAGCCUCUCAGGUUUUGUGCAGAGCGGUUACAGUCGUUACUACGAACUCUGGAGAUUGCAGACAUCGCAGACUUCUCAGCUAUUACUCUCAUCUCAAACUUUGCUACCCUGGUCAGCACCUACAGCCAAGGUUUUACCAUAAUCAUUGAGCCCUUUGAAGACAGAACUCCAACCAUCGCCAACCCUGUGCUGCACUUCAGCUGUAUGGACCCUUCUAUUGCCAUCAAACCGGUUUUCCAAAGAUUUCAGUCGGUCGUCAUCACCUCAGGGACUCUCUCUCCACUGGACAUCUAUCCACGGAUCCUUGACUUCCGUCCCGUUACCAUGGCAUCCUUCACCAUGACGCUGGCACGGACCUGCCUUUGUCCUCUGAUUGUUGGCAGAGGAAAUGAUCAAGUGGCCCUGAGCUCAAAGUUUGAGACCAGAGAAGACUUUGCUGUGAUUCGUAACUACGGCAACCUACUCCUAGAUAUGUCUGCAAUUGUUCCCGACGGCAUUGUGGCGUUCUUCACUAGCUACGUUUACAUGGAGAACAUAGUUGCGGCUUGGUAUGAACAGGGUAUUCUGGAGAACAUCCAGAGAAACAAGCUGAUCUUCAUUGAGACUCCAGAUGCUGCAGAGACGAGCAUGGCCCUGGAGAAAUACCAGGAGGCAUGUGAGAACGGCAGGGGAGCCAUCCUCCUGUCUGUGGCCAGAGGAAAGGUGUCUGAAGGCAUAGAUUUCGUUCACCAUUUCGGGCGGGCUGUGAUCAUGUUUGGAGUGCCGUAUGUUUACACGCAGAGCCGCAUUCUAAAGGCUCGUCUGGAGUACCUUCGCGAUCAAUUCCAGAUCAAAGAGAACGACUUUCUAACGUUUGACGCCAUGCGUCACGCGGCCCAGUGUGUGGGCCGAGUCAUCCGAGGAAAGACCGACUACGGACUCAUGAUCUUUGCCGACAAGCGUUACGCCCGAGCAGACAAACGUGGGAAGCUCCCUCGCUGGAUUCAGGAACACAUCAGCGACGGCAGUCUGAACCUCACCGUGGACGAGACCGUCCAGCUCUCCAAGCACUUCCUGCGACAGAUGGCUCAGCCGUUCAGACAGGAGGACCAGCUGGGUCUGUCUCUGUUGACUCUCGAGCAGCUGGAGUCGGAGGAGAUGCUGAAGAAAAUCAGUCAGAUUGCUCACCAGACCUGAAGGUGUGACAUAAAUACACUGAGCAACGUCAUCACCAGCUACAGUGACAUCACAAGGACCGGGUCAAACAAGCAACUUCAGAGUGUAAUUUAACCCAUUUGCAGUGUUGGAUGUACGGGCUUUACCACAUCAGGACAGUCACAGUAGAUAUGUGUCAGAACGUUUGUUGGUUAUUACCAACUAAAUAAAACAAAACUCCCUCUUCUUUCUCUUUGUGGUAAACAAACCAUGAAACGUCCUCAAACACAUGAUGGUCCAGCUCUGGUGGUUACAGUAGUGAUUACUGUCUGGAUAACUAUCAGUUGGUGUAUAGUAAUUACACAGCACCAAUGGUCUGAGCCUCCUUCUGUAUUUCAGGUCUCACACACACUCGGUCUGCAGAAUAUGUAGCCCCACAGCUCUUUAAAUGUGUUUCAUGUGUCAAUUCAAGUUUUAUGGAGAUGGGUCUUACAUUUGUAUACUCAGAGUAUAUUCCGUACUAUGGAUCACUCACAGAUGUACUGUGAGAGGAAAAAAAGAGAGAACUUGCUCAAUAUAGCAUGCACUGAGGGAAGUAUUGUUAAAUUGACUACAUUUACCUUCAGCAGUCAUUGGACAUCCACUUAAAAGGAGCCAAAUUUUCCUUUUAGAUUCAUAAUGUGCUCAUACGUACAAAAGAAAAGCAGACGUGUCAGGAAAUAAGUUCUAAACAGUCAUCAACGAGUCAACAUGUUAUUAACUGCAGAAAUGUUCCGUCUGUGGGUACAACAUCGUUCCAUAAAGCGUCUGUCAUACAGACAAGACUACUGUUUGUUUCUAUUGCUACUGCAACUGUACAUAUUCACAUUUUAUACUGAACUUGGAAUUUUGUAUCUGAUCUUCAACCAGGAAGUUGGAAUAUAAAUGUUUG